CAUUAAAGUGAGGCAGUUCAAGGGGCAGCAAAACCAGAGCCAAGAUACUCGUUUCUCUCAAAACGCAACCACCGUUUGAUCUUCAUCGUGUGGCCAUAAAAGAACACGUUAUGGUGGUCCACUGAAACAUAUCUAGAGACUUAUAAAUUACAAACCUUCUGGUGAAGGCUCAGUAUUUGUGAUCAAGGAGCUACAUAUGAUGGAGAAGAGGUUGUGUGCACUUAGAGUGGUGCCCAUGAUGCUGCUGGUUGUGUGGUUGAUGAUGAUCUCGCCGGCAAAAGGUUGUCCAUCGGACGGUCGAGAAUGCAAAACAUGCAUUGUGAAUCAGAUGAAGUUUGGUUGCCCAGCUUGUGCGCCGAUUCUACGCUGCAUGGCGAGAUGCUUGUGGAGUGGCAGCUCAAGGCGUAAUUGCAUUAAAAGAUGUGACUGCGGAGGCGGAACCCCAAAGCUCUCUGAUUGCAAGAAAUGCAUGUCUCGCUGCAAGUGUAGCUGCAUGGCUUAUUAGAUUAAUAUACAGUAUGUCAGUAUAAUCACCCCUUAUCUACUUUUUCUCUGCAAUAUUCUUAUUCUUCGCAUUUUAAUUAACUCCAUUUUCCUCCUAAA